UUCCCGGGCUCAGGUCCGGCCGCCGCGCCCCGCCGCCUCUCUCCCGGGGUCUCGGGCGGCCACGGCCGCGGCCUCCCCGUCCCGGCGGCGGCGGGAGGGACCGGGGCGUCAGCCAGGCGUGACGCAGCCGUUACCAUGGUCCGCCUUUAUAAAUAACCGGGCUCUGGAGAAACUUUAGCGAGUCAGAGCCGCGCACGGGACCGGGAAGGGGACCCACUCGAGGGUCCAGCCGCCAGCCCCCGCACUAAUAGCGGCCACCCCGGCGGCAGCGGUAGCGGCAGCGGCAGCGGCAGCGGCAGCAGAGACACCGCGGCGACAUCGGAGCCGGGAGGCCGCGCCACCUGCGGCCCGGCCGGAGCGGGCAGCCCCAGGCCCCCUCCCCGGGCACCCGCGUUCAUGCAACGCCUGGUGGCCUGGGACCCAGCAUGUCUCCCCCUGCCGCCGCCGCCUGCCUUUAAAUCCAUGGAAGUGGCCAACUUCUACUACGAGGCGGACUGCUUGGCUGCUGCGUACGGCGGCAAGGCGGCCCCCGUGGCGCCCCCCGCGGCCAGACCCGGGCCGCGCCCCCCCGCCGGCGAGCUGGGUAGCAUCGGCGACCACGAGCGCGCCAUCGACUUCAGCCCGUACCUGGAGACGCUGGGCGCGCCGCAGGCCCCGGCGCCGGCCACGGCCACGGACACCUUCGAGGCGGCUCCGCCCGCGCCCGCCCCCGCGCCCGCCUCCUCCGGGCAGCACCACGACUUCCUCUCCGACCUCUUCUCCGACGACUACGGGGGCAAGAACUGCAAGAAGGCGGCCGAGUACGGCUACGUGAGCCUGGGCCGCCUGGGGGCCGCCAAGGGCGCGCUGCACCCCGGCUGCUUCGCGCCCCUGCACCCGCCGCCCCCGCCGCCGCCGCCGCCGCCGCCCGCCGAGCUCAAGGCGGAGCCGGGCUUCGAGCCCGCGGACUGCAAGCGGAAGGAGGAGGCCGGAGCGCCGGGCGGCGGCGCCGCAGGCAUGGCGGCGGGCUUUCCGUACGCGCUGCGCGCCUACCUCGGCUACCAGGCGGUGCCGAGCGGCAGCAGCGGCAGCCUGUCCACGUCCUCGUCGUCCAGCCCGCCCGGCACGCCGAGCCCCGCCGACGCCAAGGCGCCCCCGGCCGCCUGCUACGCGGGGGCGGCGCCCGCGCCCUCGCAGGUCAAGAGCAAGGCCAAGAAGGCGGUCGACAAGCACAGCGACGAGUACAAGAUCCGGCGCGAGCGCAACAACAUCGCGGUGCGCAAGAGCCGCGACAAGGCCAAGAUGCGCAACCUGGAGACGCAGCACAAGGUCCUGGAGCUCACGGCCGAGAACGAGCGGCUGCAGAAGAAGGUGGAGCAGCUGUCGCGCGAGCUCAGCACCCUGCGGAACUUGUUCAAGCAGCUGCCCGAGCCCCUGCUCGCCUCCUCCGGCCACUGCUAGCGCGGCCCCCGCGCGCGUCCCCCUGCCGGCCGGCCCCCGCGCUGCCGGGACUCCGGGCGGCGCCCCGGCCCUGGUGGCGCCGGCGGAACUUGGGCACUGGGGCGCUUGGCGGCGCGGGGAGCUCGUCGGUAACUUUAAUAUUUUAUUAUAUAUAUAUCUAUAUUUUUGUCCAAACCAGCCGCACGCGCAGAGGGCGCGCCCGCCCGCGGUGUUAUUUAAAGAAGAAAUGUCUAUGUGUACAGAUGAAUGACGAACUCUGCCUGUCCCUCUGCCCCUCUCCAGGCGCCGGCGGGCGGGCCGGUGUCGAAGUUGAUGCAAUCGGCUUAAACAUGGCUGAACGCGUGUGUACACGGGACUGACGCAACCCACGUGUAACUGUCAGCCGGGCCCGGAGUAAUCGCUUAAAUAUGUUCCUGCGGGGUUGUUGCUGUUGCUGUUGUUUUUAUUGUUGUUGUUGUUGUUUUUUGGUCUUUUUUUUUUGUAUUAUAAAAAAUAAUCUAUUUCUAUGAGAAAAGAGGCGUCUGUAUAUUUGGGAAUCUUUUCCGUUUCAAGCAUUAAGAACACUUUUAAUAAACUUUUUUUUUUUUUU